GUGUGUGUGUGUGUGUGUGUGUGUGUGUGUGUGUGAGAGAGAGAGAGCGAGAGAGAGAGAGCGGGAAAAUGGCAGAGGCCAGUAUUUCAAUAGAUAAGGAUCACUUCAGCUGUCCACUGUGUCAGGAUCUCCUGAAUGACCCAGUGGCUAUUCCCUGUGGUCACAGUUUCUGUAAGGUGUGUAUUAAUGCUCACUGGGAUCAGGAGGAUGUGAACGGCAUCUACAGCUGUCCUCAGUGUAGAGAGACUUUAACUCCAAGGCCUGUUCUACGCAGGAACAACAUGCUGGCUGAAGUGGUGGAGAAACUGAAGAAGACCGAACUCCAAGCUGCUUCUCCUGCUCACUGUUACGCUGGACCUGGAGAUGCAGAGUGUGAUUCCUGCACAGGGAGAAAACGCAAAGCCGUCAAGUCCUGUCUGGUUUGUCAGGCCUCCUAUUGUGCAGAUCAUCUUAAACCUCACUAUCAGUCUCCUGCCUUUAAGAAGCACAAGUUAGUUGAAGCCUGUGCAGAGCUCCAAGAGAAGAUCUGCUCUGAACAUGACAAACUGAUGGAGAUCUAUUGUCGUACUGACCAAAGCUUCAUCUGUUACUUGUGUACGAUGGAAGAACACAAAGGUCAUGAUACAGUUUCAGUUAAAGCAGAAAGAACUAAAAAACAGAAUGACUUAAAGGAGGAUCAGAUAAAAUCCCAGCAGAGGAUCCAGGAGAAGCAGAAGAAGGUGCAGGAGCUGAAACAGACUGUGGACAUUAUUAAGAUACGUUCACAGGCAGCAGUAGAUGACAGUGAGAGGAUCUUUACUGAGCUGAUCAGCUCCAUGGAGAAAAAGCGCUCGGAGGUGACGGAGCUGAUCAGAGCUCAGGAGAAAGAUGAAGUGAGUCGAGCUGAACGACUCCUGAAUCAACUGGAGCAGGAGAUUGCUGAUCUUAAGAGGAGAGUCACUGGGCUGGAGCAGCUUUCACACACACACGAUGACAUCCACUUCCUCCAGAGUUUCCCGUCUCUCUGUGUUUCUCCUGGAUGUGACGACUCACCCAGCUUCACUGUCAAUCAACAUCUCUCAUUUGAUGGAGUGAGGAAAUCUCUCUCAGAUCUGAAAAAACAAGUGAAGCAAAUCUGUGAGGAGAAAUUCAACAAAAUCAGACCACAAGCUGCAGCAGUUCAGAUUAUUUUACCUUCAGAACCAAAGAGCAGAGAAGACUUUCUUCAGCAUUUCUGUAAUCUGACUCUGGAUCCAAACACAGCACAUCCUGAUCUCAUUCUCUCUGAGAAGAACAGAGCGGUGACACGGAGUGAGACACAACAGCAAUACUCUGAUCAUCCAGAGAGAUUUGACUCCUGGACUCAGGUGUUGUGUAAGGAGAGUGUGUGUGGACGCUGUUACUGGGAGGUGGAGAGGAGCGGUUAUGUGUACAUAUCAGUGUCAUAUAAAGAGAUCAGCAGGAAAGGACGGGGUAAUGAGAGUUUGUUUGGACACAACAGUCAGUCCUGGAGUCUGUGGUGUUCUUCUUCCUCUGUCUCUUUUUAUCACAACAACAUUUAUACUAAGCUCCGACGUAUAUCAUCCUCCAGAAUAGGAGUGUAUGUGGAUCACAGUGUAGGAACUCUGUCCUUCUACAGCGUCUCUGACACCAUGAGGCUCCUCCACAGAGUCCUCACCACAUUCACUCAGCCUCUAUACGCUGGAUUUAGGAUACGGAGUAAUAACUCAUAUGUGAGGUUUUGUGAUCCAAGAUAAAAAGUUAGUAAAAGUGUUUAUAAAAACUAUAAGUGAGGUGUGAGAUUUAAUUUGUCCCUGAGCUACACUGGACAUUUUGUUUGCAGAAACUGGAACAGUAAUGAAUGCAGAAUGUAAGAUGUUUCUAGAAAGAAGAAAUGUUCUCACACAGACUACAUAACUGUAUGCACUAUUAUGAUGAUUUAUUAUAUUGAUAUAAAACACUACAAUGUCUUAAAAAGUUUCCUCAUAAAUAAUAAGACGUACUUAAACUGCUGUGUCUGUGUUGCUGUUGGUGGUGGAAAUGUAACCCACUCGAAUAAUUGAAUUGUUAGAUCCAAUAAAUCUGUCAUCAUCAUACUUAGAAUAAGUGUUUCUUAUUUGCAUUUAUAUACACUUUUUUUUGUUGUUGUUUAUUUUUUUCUUCCUCCUCUUUCUAUCUAAUGCAUAACAUGUUCAGUCAUGUAAAAUACAUGUAUAUCUACAUAUCUGUAUGUAUACUUUUUUUGGGUAUGGAAUGUAUUAUUAGAGAAGUUGAGUCGAGUGUUGCUGACGUCACUUGUGCGCCAGCAGUGGUAAAAGAUGCGCGCUGCAUGUUUUUGGCGGCUGCUCAAUUUUUUUCCAUCCUCGUGAAUCUCUGUCUUAAAUACAUGUCUGAACUAUUUCAUUGCAUCAGGUUUUGCAACGUGUGUUUAUGAGCUGGGACUAUUUCAUCACGGUGUAACUGGUUUGGAUUCGGAUCGAUAAGGACGAGUUACUCUGGAAUCUAUUCGGAUGGAUUGCGCCCCCACAGGACUGUAAAGGCAGAUUGUUUUUCUUCAAUGUUAUCUCAACUGGGAACUUUGGCAUUUAUACACUUGGCCAAGGACUGUUUGCGAUAGUUAUAUUCUCUUUUGUUGU